AUGGCGCAGCGUGCGGGAGGGCGGGCUCUGUGCCUGCUGCGGGGCCGCCUGCUGCCCCCCGGCCCGGCGGCCGCCCGCCUCGGCUCCUCGGGGCCCGCGCUGCAGCGGGCGGCCGGCGCCGAGGAGGCAGAUGCUGAAGUCAGUAGCAGGAAGAAGACAUUCACUGAGGUUCAGACAGAACGAUUGGAACAGGCAGAUCGGAGUGUGUUAAUUAAGUGCCCAUCAAAACUUAAUGAAAAAAAAUUACUGCAGUAUUUAUCCAGUCAUGGAAACAUUGACAAUUACUUCUUUUUUGAAAAUCGUGGUAUUCAUGCUUUAAUAGAAUUUUCAGAGAAGAGCAGUGUAGCCUCACUACAGGCUGUUACUGGAAUUCCAAGGGCUGCUGAGCAUCAUGUUGUCCCGUAUAAAUCCAGACUUUUUACUUUCACGCUGAAAAACCCUGGUAGUCAAGCUGCUGAAGAAAGGCCAGUCAACCUCUCUCCUCAGUCUCACAUUCCAGUGAAUGAGCUUAUUCCAAAGCUUUGUCGUGCAGACAGUGUAAGCAGUCAAAUGUACACUCUGCUGGAUGAGUAUCAACUUACAGAAGAAAACAUCAAGCUCCGAUACCUGGCCUGUUCUCUGGUUCGGGAUUUUGCACGCGCGUAUUUUCCAGACAGCACUGUAAAGCCAUUUGGCUCUUCAGUGAACACCUUUGGCAAAUUGGGGUGUGAUGUGGACAUGUUUCUGGACUUCCGUGAUAUACAGAAGCAUCCUACAAAAAUGAAAAAAGGUCCCUUUGAAAUGGAGUAUCAGAUGAAAAGAUUGCCAUCAGAAAGGUUAGCAACUCAGAAGAUUCUUUCUAUAAUUGGUGACUGUCUUGACAAUUUUGGUCCUGGGUAUUCAAAUGUACAGAAGAUACUCAACGCUCGCUGCCCCCUGGUGAAAUUCUCCCAUCAACCAACAGGAUUCCAGUGCGACCUGUCAGUGAGCAACAGCAUUGCUAUAAGGUGUUCAGAACUCCUGUAUAUUUACGGCUGUUUAGAUCCCCGUGUGAGAGCUCUGGUGUUCAGUUUACGAUGCUGGGCCCGUGUUCAUGGCCUUACAAACAGUGUGCCUGGUACCUGGAUUACAAACUUCUCUUUAACCAUGAUGAUCAUGUUUUUUCUGCAAAAGAGAUCGCCACCUAUCAUUCCAACACUAGACCAACUUAAAGAGCUGGCAGAUGAAAAAGACAAACAUGUAAUUGGAGGGUAUGAUUGCUCAUUUGUGAGCGACUUCAGCAAGGUUAAGCCUACAAAAAACACGGAAACGCUUGAUGAGUUGCUGUGUGACUUUUUUCAAUACUUUGGAAACUUCGACUUCAGAAAGAAUUCCAUAAAUCUUCGAAAGGGAAAGGAAGUAAAUAAACCUGAGUCGUCUCCUCUUUAUAUCUGGAAUCCUUUUGAACAAGACCUUAAUAUCAGCAAGAAUGUUAAUCAGCCACAGCUGGAGAAAUUUGUUGCUGUGGCCAGAGAAAGUGCCUGGAUUUUACAGAAGGAAGAUAAAACUCAGCAGAUGAUCAAUAAGGAACCCUGGGGACUGGCAGCUGUACUGAUACCAUUUGGAAAAAGCAAUCCAAACACGAUGAAGAGUAGGACAAAGGGAAUGGGAAGUGAAACAAUCAAAAGCCUCUUGGACUCUUUAAAGUUAAGUGAUGCAAACAACGUACAGAAAGCAGUGGGAAAGUGACUUUCAGCACAGAAAACACAGUAGCUGCUGUUCUGUUUUAGGAAUUGAAUGUGGCACAAUUUGAAGAAUAUUGCUUUUAAUAUUUCUUGUGUGGUGAAAUGGAGAGUUGGGUGGCCUCUGAUUGUCAUUGUGAUGUUUUUUGUACAGGUCUACUUUCUGUACAUCAUCUCCUCCUUUACUCUUCACUUUUCCCUGUGUUUUGUGAAUGAAGAGCAUUAAAAUGCAAAUUUUACAGGUACAUUUUGGAAGUAGACUUUGGUCACUCUUCAAAAAAGAAAAAAAAACGAACGAAAAGAGGAGCAUGGGAAAAAGCCACUGGGAAUUGUUUCAGUUAGUUCUUUUUGGUUAAGUAAAAGCUCAAGAAGUAACCCCCUUUCAGUGAAAGUACAUCUUAAAAGAAGAUGAAUUUUGAACCACUGCUUCUGCUGCAGUCACAUGCAGGAAGCCAGUAAAAGUAAAGUGCAUGUGUCUAUUUUUGUAAUUGUUUUCAAUUCAUGGGGCUAGAGCUAAGACAAAAAUAAAGAGAAUGGAAUUAGAUAACAGGGUUUACAGUUUCGUAGGUUAUUGCUCUCCAAGGAUAGAGCACCUGUUUUGUGUUGGAAAAGUGGGUGUGCUUGUGUUUACCACCUGUCCUCAAACUUCUUCAACCAAAUCUUUAUUAUUUUUAUGCAGAUAGUGCUUGUUCCGACUCAUCAGCUCAUGUUUCUGAUUUUGCCUUCAAUUUAAGCUUGUACUUCAGGUUCCAGUAGGGGACUUUUUUUGGUGCCCUUCUGGCCUUAUCAACUCUCCUGAAAGUUGCUGCCUACUGGACAGCACCAAAACCUUCCUCUCGCUAUCUCUGCUUCUCUUUUUGUCCUUUUUGAGAUUUCACAGGAAAUCCUGUAACAUACUUGAGCCCACAGUCCUGUCUUACUUUUCAGAUACUCAGUGGAGUGCUGACUGUCCAUGUUUCAGAUCAGCUAGGCCAGCAAGAGUCAACUUUUCUCACUGCCUUGAAGAAAGCAUUGAGUUCUCUGUGCUUAUACCAUAAGAGAGUGUUUUUGGGGGAGUGUAGAGAGGGGGCUGGAAGGAAUGAAGACACAAAGAGAAAUGGAAAGAGAGCACACAAAGUACAGAUUUUCAGGUAGAUUUGUGAUUAUUCUGCCUGUCCAGUUUGUGCCACCGAUGCAUUAAAACUAAAUGGCAAGCAUGAUAAGAACAAUUACACAGAUUGUUAUUUUGACUCUUAAAGAAGUACUGUACAAGAAUUACUGUAAAUGAGAGAUUGUCCUACGGAUGCAAUAUUCAUGUUUAUGAUAACUUUCA